AUGGAUCAACAACAGAAGACGGCUCCUCCGGUUUACGAUCUUUCUCAAGGCGGCCACUAUGGAGCCAGCGCUGCGCUGUCCGCUCAGGGCUAUGUCCCUCAUACUGAGUUGUACUCGGGACUAUGGUCAAAUAUCAAUCAAGGGCUGACUGGCCCGUCCCGGGAAAUCCUGGCAACCUAUUGGCAACAGACUAUCAACCAUCUCGAGACUGAUACUCACGAUUUCAAAAUCCAUCAACUUCCUCUAGCAAGAAUCAAAAAGGUCAUGAAGGCGGAUCCGGAGGUUAAGAUGAUCUCCGCUGAAGCUCCCAUCCUUUUCGCAAAGGGCUGUGACAUAUUCAUCACAGAACUUACCAUGCGCGCUUGGAUUCAUGCAGAGGACAACAAGAGAAGGACCCUUCAGCGCAGUGACAUAGCUGCGGCUCUGGCCAAGAGCGACAUGUUCGACUUUCUAAUCGACAUCGUCCCAAGAGAAGACAGCGCCGGGCACGGAAACUCGAAACGGCCCAAUACCAGCGGCCAGGCUACGGCCGCUCAAGUUCCCCAACAAGCUGCACAGCAAAUGCCACCUCCGGACUAUGGCAUGCAGCAUGGAACAAUGGGCCCACCGGACACCCAAUACGGUAGACCCCAGAUGUAUCCCAGCCAUAUGGGUGGUGACGCACAACAAGAUCCCAGUCAGGGCUAUGGCCAACCUCCGCAGAUGUUCGCUGGCGGUGAUAUGUACAACCCCUACGCCCAGGGACAGUUUGGUAGCACUGGUGCUCAACAGAUGUACUCGAAUCUCCCGGGCCAAAGACCACAAAGCCAAGGAUAUGGAGGUCCAAGGCCGGGUACCGCAGGAAGAGAUCAACAAGUCAAUGAGCAAGGUUACGGCCCUGGCUAG